AUGUUUCAAGACACUCGAGAUGCACUUGGUAAGUAUAACGGACAAUGGAAACCCCUUGAAAGCCCCAUGACUGUGAGCACGCCAGGCGAGGCUGCCCCCAGCCCCCUGCCUCGCUGCGCAGCGACGCCCGACUCGCACCCCCAGCCCGCGCUCAGCGCCGGGGCGGCAGCGCCAUCUGGCGGCUGCGGGCGCUACGGCCGCUCCGAGGCAGCCAAGGCGGGUGUGCCGGGGCGGGCGAUCCACACCGCAGUUGUUCUUAUGCUGUCUUUGUUGCUGCUUUAAGGGUCGAUUUUAUCUGGAGUGCUCUUUGCUGCCUCCACUAAUGAAGAGGGAAACCAAGAUGAAUCACUGGAGUCAAAGACUUCAUCUGCAGAGGACCAGGUAAAGGACCAUUCCGCAGGAACUCGAGUGGUAGCAGGUCAGAUCUUCCUUGAAUCAGGAAAAUCUGAGUCUCAAUCAGAGGAUGAAGAUGUCUCUCAAAGUCAACAGGAGGAAAAAGAGAAUUUGCUGGAAGAGUUGAACUCUCUAGAAAUGUCAAAUCUAUUAAAUAAGGACUUGGAAGAAGCAGAAUUGCAGAGUCCAGUUUUGACAGCUAUUGGAGGCACUGCAGAUGGUGAACCUUGCCACUUCCCCUUUUUGUUUAUGGAGAAAGAGUAUGCAGAGUGCACUGCAGACGGAAGGGAAGAUGGCAGGCUUUGGUGUGCGACAACUUAUGAUUACAAGAAAGAUCAAAAGUGGGGCUUCUGUGAAACUGAAGAGCAGUCUAAUAAGAGAAGGCAGAUGCAAGAAGCUGAGGAUGUUUAUCAGACUGGAAUGAAAAUCCUUAAUGAAAGCAGUAAAAAGGCCCAAAAGAAAGAAGCAUAUCAAUAUCUUCUGAAAGCAGCUGACAUGAAUCAUACCAAAGCAAUGGAGAAAGUGUCUUAUGCUUUGUUGUUUGGGGAUUACCUGAAGCAGAACAUCCAGUCAUCAAAAGAACUAUUUGAAAAACUAACAGAAGAAGGUUCUCCUAAAGGACAAAUGGCUCUUGGAUUUCUAUAUGCAUCUGGUCUAGGAGUCAAUUCUAGUCAAGCUAAGGCCCUGGUGUAUUACACUUUUGGAGCUUUAGGAGGAAAUCUGAUUGCCCAUAUGAUCUUGGGUUACCGGUACUGGGCUGGGAUAGGAGUCCUUCAGAGUUGUGAAUCUGCUCUCACUCACUACCGACUUGUAGCUAAUCAUGUUGCUAGUGACAUUUCUUUGACUGGUGGCACAGUGGUUCAGCGAAUUCGCUUAGCAGAUGAAGUGGAAAAUCCAGGAAUGGCAAGCGGGAUGCUAGAAGAAGACUUGAUUCAGUAUUAUCAGUUUUUAGCAGAGAAAGGAGAUGUGCAAGCACAGGUUGGCCUUGGACAGUUGCACUUACACGGAGGAAGAGGCGUAGAACAAAAUCAUCAGCGAGCAUUUGAGUACUUCAGUCAAGCAGCUAAUGCUGGCAACUCACAUGCCAUGGCCUUUCUAGGAAAGAUGUACUCAGAAGGAAGUGAUGUUGUACCUCAGAGCAAUGAAACAGCUCUUCAGUAUUUCAAGAAGGCUGCUGAUAUGGGUAAUCCUGUUGGACAGAGUGGAUUAGGAAUGGCUUACCUCUACGGAAGAGGUGUUCCAGUGAACUAUGAACUAGCACUGAAGUAUUUCCAGAAGGCUGCAGAACAGGGAUGGGUUGAUGGACAGCUUCAACUAGGUUCCAUGUAUUACAAUGGCAUUGGAGUCAAGAGAGACUAUAAGCAAGCUUUGAAGUAUUUUAACUUGGCCUCCCAAGGUGGCCACAUUCUGGCUUUUUAUAAUCUGGCUCAAAUGCAUGCUACUGGCACCGGAGUGAUGCGAUCCUGUCACACUGCUGUUGAGUUGUUUAAGAAUGUAUGUGAACGGGGCCGUUGGUCUGAAAGACUGAUGACUGCCUACAACAGCUAUAAAGAUGGUGAUUCAAAUUCUGCUGUGGUUCAGUAUCUUCUUCUGGCAGAACAAGGCUACGAAGUUGCACAAAGCAAUGCUGCUUUCAUACUUGAUCAGAAAGAAGCUAGCAUAGUAGGAGAAAAUGAAACCUAUCCUCGGGCUUUGCUUCAUUGGAAUAGAGCAGCUUCUCAAGGAUAUACAGUUGCAAGAAUUAAACUUGGAGAUUACCAUUUUUAUGGUUUUGGGACUGAUGUUGAUUAUGAAACUGCAUUUAUUCACUACCGACUGGCAUCAGAGCAACAGCACAGUGCGCAAGCAAUGUUUAAUCUGGGCUACAUGCAUGAGAAGGGAUUGGGCAUCAAGCAGGAUAUUCAUCUUGCAAAACGAUUCUAUGACAUGGCAGCUGAAGCAAGCCCAGAUGCUCAGGUUCCAGUCUUCCUAGCACUUUGCAAGCUUGGAGUGAUUUAUUCCUUGCAAUAUGUACAAGAGAUCAAUAUAAGGGAGGUGUUCUCACAUAUUGAUAUGGACCAGCUCUUGGGGCCUGAAUGGGACCUUUACCUUAUGACCAUCAUCGCCUUGCUUCUGGGAACAAUUAUAGCUUACAGACAAAGGCAACACCAGGCAGUUCCCAGACCAGUAGGACUGCGGCCAGCUGUGCCUCCACAAGAACCACCACCAGAGCAUCAACCACCACAAUAGCAACAAGAGCCUCAGUGAAUGAACUGGAUUUUUCCAAAAGGAACAAUUUUCAUUGUGAUUUAGGACUUUGGAUCAACAGUCCCUCCCCUAAAAGAGGCGCAAAGAAGUUAAAAAACAAAAACAAAAAACAAGUCUGAAAGCUGCUU